CCUUUUCUUUCACCAGUUCCCUUAAAACGCCUGCUUGGAUCCUCCAGGUGUCUCCAGCCGAUCUCCCAGAGGCGAUUGCCGGGAUGGAUCCCCAGAUCUCGGCCAGAUUAAACUCCAGGAAGAGGAGGAAAGAAGGAGCGGGUUCCAACGGGGCCGCCCAGACAGACGGCAUCCCGUUGAAAAUGCCCCGCAACUGUAUAGGAUUGCGAGAGCCGGCUCCAUUUUCCGAUGAGCUGGAAGUGGACUACAGCAAGCCCUACACACGAGUCACGUUUGAAGAGGCAACGAGAGGAACGCCCUUGGACCGUCCCGUCAGGGUAUAUGCCGAUGGGAUUUUUGACCUGUUCCACUCCGGACACGCUCGGGCUCUGAUGCAGGCCAAAAGCCUGUUCCCCAAUACCUACCUCAUCGUUGGAGUCUGCAGCGACGAGCUGACGCACAGCUUGAAGGGCUUCACAGUGAUGAACGAAGCCGAGCGCUACGACGCCGUCCAGCACUGCCGCUACGUGGACGAGGUGGUGAGGAACGCGCCCUGGACGCUCAGCCCGGAGUUCCUGGCGGAGCACAGGAUCGACUUUGUCGCCCACGAUGACAUCCCCUACUCUUCGGCCGGCAGCGACGACGUCUACAAACACAUAAAAGAAGCAGGAAUGUUUGCCCCCACGCAGAGAACUGAAGGCAUCUCCACCUCGGACAUCAUCACCCGCAUCGUCCGGGACUACGACGUCUAUGCCCGGCGGAAUCUGCAGAGGGGCUACACGGCCAAGGAACUCAACGUCAGCUUCAUCAAUGAGAAGAAGUACCACCUACAAGAGAGGGUGGACAAGGUGAAGAAGAGGGUGAAGGACGUGGAGGAAAAAUCGAAGGAAUUUGUCCAGAAAGUGGAGGAAAAAAGCAUCGACCUCAUUCAGAAAUGGGAGGAGAAGUCGCGGGAAUUCAUCGGCAACUUCUUGGAGAUGUUCGGUCCCGAAGGCGCCUUGAAGCACAUGCUGAAAGAAGGGAAGGGACGCAUGCUGCAGGCCAUCAGCCCCAAGCAGAGUCCCAGCAGCAGCCCCACGCACGACCGCUCACCCUCGCCCUCUUUCCGCUGGCCCUUCACCGCCAGGACGCCCCCGCUGUCUCCAGCUGGCCUCCCCCGGAACACGUCGACGGCCAGCUACGACAUCAGCGAGGAUGAGGAGGACUGAGCCGGACCCCGGGGAAACCACGAGCCCCUGGAGGGGAGGGGGGGAAGACCCUCCAGGCUCCCAAAACGCAAGAACUGAGAACGGUGGCACCGCCAAAAGGGAUCUUCGCUGCCCAGCCCUCCGGGAGCUGGGACACCGCCCUGGCAUUUCCCCCCUUUUUAUUUCUCCCCUUCGUCCUUUUCCUGGUUUGUUUCUCGCCCCUUCGGUGGGACUGCGGGAAACGGGGGGGGGGCUCUUCGUUUUAAAAGCAAACCUUUUAUUUGUACCGGUUAGCCGAAAGCCUCGAUCUUGGUGGGGCUGCGAGGGGCAAAGGGGCGGGGGAGAAACUCUCUCGCCCAGCCCUUCCCUUCAGCUUCUUGCAUGGCCCUCUCUGCUUCUCCCCUCGGCCGGGGUCAUCGGUCUGCGGGAUGCAGAGGCCCUUCAAGCGGGUGCACCGGGGAAGGUAGUAGGGGGGGCAGGAAGCUGCAAAAAGGCCGUUCCGCACGCCUGGGGGGGGAGAGAGAGAGAGAGAGUCCUCUCUCAGCCUCCCCACGUUUCUAGUCCUCAAGAGAAAAAAAGCGGAGGAGGAUCAGGCAAAGCUGCAGGGCUUCCCCGAGGGAUUCGCUCCUGGGUUUAAGGAUGUUCCCCGCUCUUCCUGUGUGGGACCCCCCCCCCAAAAGUGAAAGCAGCCUUUUCGCUUCUUUUUGCAACGUCCUGCAAGGGGGUCGGAGCUGCAGGUGCACCAGGGGGCGGGCGGGGGGGGGGAGGCGGUGAAUUCUUCUGUUUCCAGGCUGUCGUUGUGGGUCCCUGGUUGUGCUGAAAAGCCGCAAGCUGACAGAUUGUCCCCGGCUUCUGGCUCUCUCGCCCACCUCCCUCCCUAAGCUAUUUGUGAGGGGCUGUGGGGCACCCCAUUAAAGUAACAUUUCGCCCUUUGGCGUCCUGUCCCGUCGCAAAAAAAGGCCGCCAAAUCUCUGCGGGAAGCCGAUCUUUGCGCCCACGUUUUCCCAAAAGGCUUUUCUCGCACAUCCGAUGGGUGCCCCGCGCUGUCGAGAAUCGGCCCGGAGUUUGCCCCGUGGCGGAACGAGGGAAGCCCCAUAAGGCACGCCACGAGCCGAGGUGGGUGCACAGUCAUCCCCGGCCCCCAGACGGCAGGAUUUGGAGUGCGCGUCUGGCCCUCUGUCGCCGCCCCGCUCCUCCGGAGGACGCGGAGCCACAUCUGGGGGGGGCAGCUGCUUAUCUCGUUCCGGCACAGCACCCGUUCAUUAGGAACCCACUUUUGGUUGGAUGUUGUUCUUAACUAUGUAAUAAAUGUUCGGGUUUGACUGUC